AUGGAGGGGAAAAUCCAGAGUUGCAUUCUGUUAAAUGGCAAAUGGUGCAUCAACUGCGAGCGGGACAGACCUCUCUACCUCCGGCACAGGCCUACAGAUGAGCACGGACAACGCUGCCUUUUCCUCAGGACUGUACGCAAGGAAAACAUGAGUCUUGAUGGAGACACAUUAUCAGUGAUCGAGAACCCGACGGCUGUCAGUCAUUCUUUUCACUCAGAGAAAACAGCAGGAGUCGCAGAGACCAAGAGAGUGCAGGGCUGGUUAAAAUGGAUUCAUCCUACAACUCACACUCGUAGGCUGGUGAGGCUGUUAGCAGCGGUGUGUGCAGUUGGACUCCUGGGAGGCUUAGCUGUAGGUGUCUGGUUUCUAGUCAAACUUCUGCUGAGACCUUCCUCCCCCCAAAGUCCAGUGGGACUUGGGGACACGAAGGAGACGUCUUUCUGCAAUGUGACAGAGGAUAUUUCUACCUCCGACCCCAGGAAAGUGUUUUACAGAAUCAGCCCAGAGAACUCCCUCCUGGAGAUCCAGCUGGGGAAGCUGCCCACCUGGCUGCCAGUGUGCUAUGAGAGGUGGAACUCUUCGCUGGGAACGCUGGUCUGCAGGCAGCUGGGUUAUCUGAGGCUGACCAAGCAUAAAGGAGUGAAUCUAACUGAUAUCGGGCCAAACCAUACUGAUGGCUUUAUACAAAUUACCUCAGAACACAGGAGCAGUCUGGAAAAUAUGUGGCAAUUCAGGGGGAGCUGUAUCACAGGGAAGGUUAUCGCUUUGCAAUGUUUUGAGUGUGGGACACGAGCAAAGUUGCCCAGGAUAAUCGGGGGAGUUGAGGCCACGCUGGGCAGGUGGCCCUGGCAGGUCAGCCUCUACUACAGCAACCGGCACACCUGUGGAGGCUCCAUCAUCACCAGUCAAUGGGUAGUCACAGCUGCCCACUGUGUGCACAACUACAGGCUGCCUCAGGUGUCCAGCUGGGUGGUCUAUGCUGGUAUUGUCACCCGCAGCUCAGCUAAAAUGGCUCAGCAAACAGGAUAUGCUGUGGAAAAGAUCAUCUACAACAAGAACUACAACCACAGGAGCCAUGACAGUGAUAUAGCACUGAUGAAACUGCGGACUCCUCUGAACUUUUCAGAUACAAUACGGCCCGUCUGCUUGCCUCAGUACGACUAUGAUCUUCCAGGAGGUACACAGUGCUGGAUCUCUGGAUGGGGAUACACACAGCCUGAUGGUGUUCACUCACCUGACACCCUGAAAGAAGCGCCAGUUCCCAUUAUAAGCACAAAGAAAUGCAACAGCUCCUGCAUGUACAAUGGAGAGAUCACGACACGGAUGCUUUGUGCCGGAUACACAGAGGGAAAAGUGGAUGCAUGUCAGGGGGAUAGUGGGGGCCCUCUGGUUUGCCAGGACGAAAAUGUGUGGAGGCUGGUAGGGGUCGUCAGCUGGGGGACAGGUUGUGCCGAGCCCAACCAUCCUGGGGUUUACACCAAAGUGGCUGAAUUCUUGGGCUGGAUCUACGACAUGAUUGAGGUAAACAGACUUUUUUUUAGAAAUUCUGUGGUAGAAAUUAACCAAAUAUUUUUACAGUACAGGUACAUUAAAAUACUGCUUACAAUGCAAGUGAUGCAUCAGUAAUAAACAU